AUGUCGCAAAAACCAGCUGGGCUAGGAGGUACGGCAUUGCUGGGCGAAUACGAGCAAAAUUCUUGAUGUUUCAGUUUUUGAAUGAUUUACUGUCACAUCAUACGCCUACUACGGUUUGCCAAGCGAUUCUGCUUCCAAAAUUAAGCGAUGCUGGUCACCGUUUUCUGCGCGCCGAGGGAUCGCCCAGAAACCACAUUCGCCCUCGAUGUAUCCCCGGAGCUGGAGCUGAGAGACUUUGUGGCACUUUGUGAACUCGAAUCGGGAAUCCCGGCGGGAGAAAUUCAGAUCUCCUAUGGAGAGCAGCCCCUAAAAGACCCCACGUGUGCCUUGGGGACCUACGGCGUCAAGGAUGGAGACGUGGUGGUCCUCAGGCAAGCCGACAGAGGGCCGCCACCCACUCAGCCAGCCUUCCCAGGUCUGCCCCGUAUCGACUUUCGCUCCAUCACAGUCCCCGGCGCCUCGACUUCGACUGCUCCCCAUAGUACCAUCAGGCCGCCGCAACAACAGGUUGUACCGCCACCACCGCAGCAUCAGCCGCCACCACCCCAGCAGCAGCAGCAGCAGCAGCAGCAGCAGCCCCAGCGCAGCACGCAACCCUCCACGCCGCCGACCUUUCGCGGCUCCUCUUCUCAGGGGCUUGACGACCCCGCCUUACUGCAGCAGAUGCUCCUUUCCAAUCCACAUGAGCUGUCCCUGCUGAAAGAGCGAAACCCGCCGCUCGCCGAGGCCUUGCUGAGCGGAGAUCUAGAGCGUUUCACCAAAGUGCUACUGGAGCAACAGCAGGACCGAGCCAAGCGGGAGCAAGAGCGAAUCCGACUUCUGACUGCGGAUCCUUUCGAUUUGGAAGCGCAGGCAAAGAUCGAGGAGGAUAUCAGGCAGCACAACGUAGAAGAAAAUAUGACCAUUGCAAUGGAGGAGGCCCCAGAAAGCUUUGGGCAGGUGGUUAUGCUCUACAUUAACUGCAAAGUCAACGGGCACCCUGUGAAAGCUUUUGUCGACUCAGGUGCCCAAAUGACCAUCAUGAGCCAAGCCUGUGCGGAGCGCUGCAACAUCAUGCGACUGGUAGAUCGGCGCUGGGCAGGCAUCGCCAAGGGAGUGGGCACGCAGAAGAUAAUCGGCAGGGUUCAUUUGGCUCAGGUCCAGAUUGAAGGGGACUUUCUUCCCUGCUCUUUCUCCAUCUUGGAGGACCAGCCGAUGGACAUGCUGCUCGGCCUGGACAUGCUCAAGAGACACCAGUGUUCAAUCGACCUGAAGAAAAGCGUGCUUCUCAUUGGCACGACGGGCACCGAGACUCGCUUUUUGUCCGAGGCUGAGCUGCCCGAAUGCGCCCGGCUGGCAUACGGGCCCGAGGGGCGUGAGGAAAGCCGCCCCGAAGAGAUAGCAGACAGGGAGCUCGCGGAGGCACUUCAGCGGUCAAUACAGGAAAGCGACACUGCAGACGGACAGACUACCUCACCACAGCCGCCGCCAUUGUCACUACCCACAGCCUCAGACCAAAUGUCCUCAAGCGCCCACCCGCAGAACCUCGAUUCUGAUUGCUCAGAGUCGGCCCAGGACCAACUUGGCUUCCAGGAGCUACUUCUGCCAAUAGCGCAGGAUCAGCUCCAGCCUCCAGAAGAUCAUACAAUAUCUGUAGAAGAAGCCCAGGGACCUGCUCAGUCAGCUGAAGCCCUUCAGUGUCCAGAGGGUUGCGAGGAGGGGACAUCCAAGGUAAAGAACAGCCCCACGCUCCCCUAUCCAGAGCUUGCAGACAGUCAGCCCAUGGAGCAUGAGGCGACGAGGUCCCAAACGACGAAUCCCGGCCAGUUGGACUCUGUCGAAAUGAACUCCUCUGACAGGGAUCAGCCCGAGGGCUCUGACAGCAUCCCAUCUCUGGCUGCCGCUCUCUUGGAACUCCAUGAACUGCUGCUUUCCAACAACUGCGGUGGCCCCCGCCCCACUACGCAUCCCCAGGAGGCGGAUGCGACCCGAGUCAGUGCAGAACAAAGCGAUGCCAAAGCCGAACCAGCUACUGCUUGCGACAUGCCCUCAGAGAGAGAAGGAGCAGACUCUUCGGAUGGGCCUCUGGAGCCUCCAGCUGAAGCCAGAGACUCCAGUAUUUAUCAUCCCGAGUCGGCGAGUUCUCCAGAGCCUCCGGCUGAAGCCAGAGACUACAGCAUUUAUCACCCUGAGUCGGCGAGUCCUCCGCACCCUCCAGCUGAAGCCAGAGACUCUAACAUUUAUAAUCCUGAGCCGGCGAGUUCUCCUGAUCCUGAAGGGGACUGCAGGGAACCCCCCGAAAGGCAGCAGGGGAGCGAGGAUGCGCACCGACGAGCCCCGGAUGCAAACACCCCGGACGGUCUUGUCACCGGCACCUCCGCUAUACCUCCUCCCGUCCCCGUUACGGAACAAUUUCCGGCCGAACACAUCCAGAGAAUCCAGGCUGCAGGUUUUUCUGCCCGCGAUGCUGCAGAGGCUCUCGAGCAGGCGCACGGGGUCGUGGAGCUGGCUCUGCUGGCGCUCCUGGCCCGCAGCAUCACCGUGCCCACCUAAGACUCCGAGCCUGCCCCCACCGCCGUCUCGUCUCCCUUUACGCUUUUGGUUUUUGAUCCAGAUGUCUCGUGCCCCUCUUUGUAGGGAGCGUGUCUUAACAGGGAUAUGCUGUCACACAGUACUGAUUAAUAAUAUCCUUUUUCUUGACAUAGCGGAUAUUAUAGCUAUAUAGAGAAUUCGGGCGAGCACCCAUCUCAAUGGUAUUAACGUGUUUUCUACUAUAGCUUUAUUUUAUUGUUUUUCUUUGUCAUCCAACAUUGACAGAUGUCAUUUAUUGUGGAACCAUUCAAUAUAUCAUUUGCCAUUUAUCCUUAAGUGGGGUACACACAUACCCAUAUUUUAACAUUUUAACUGAUUUUUUUAUGAGAGAUCCCACACAACAAGCUUAAAAAAAGUGUGUUCUUACUGCUUGAAUAGUGUGUCGUGUACUCCAGAUACCCAACACACCACACACACACACACACCGACACCAAUAUCGCCACUAAUGAUCGUGAGUCUUUUCCACCAAACCAGGUAUCUGUCUUAGUACCAAGACUGAUCUGUGAGAGGCAGCAUGGUACCACAGGACAUCCCAACUGCUGGAAAAUACAAAGACGAAAGCGUAGUGGUCGAAGAAGAAAUAGAAGCACCUUCCUGAUUGGCUAUCAUUCCAUUUCACAUCAAAAUCACACAGUCUGCAAAUCAGCGCAAGUCAGUGUUGAACACAUUCACAAGCAUUUGCGGUCAUAAAGAUUGAACAGGUUUAACAUUUACGAUUGUCCGUUGAGAGUUUUCCGAGCAGACAGGAGGAAAAAUCACUUAACACAUCCCACACCGCGAGAUAAUCUUUCAGAGACAUCCCAGAAUGUAGCCUUUGGUGACUUUGAUCGCAAGGGAGGGAGAAUGCUCAAGUUUGGCCUGAUUAUUGGUAUGUUUGUGCCCCUCUUUCCGACCUCAACUGUUUUGCAAGGUGAUCGGGGGGACCACUUACCCCACACCACUGGAUGAUCGGUAAGGCUGAUCUUUUACAGCUGUAUGAUAAUCGGCCCUUUACUGAAUUUGAUCGGAAGGGAGAGAAAUUGAUCAUGUUUGGCCUGAUUAUUGGUAGGCAGACACUGUGAUUGUCAGCCCUGACUGUUUUCAAGAAAAUUGAGGAAAAAACACUCUUAAUACACCAUAGCAAUCGGUCUGAUUUUGACUGGAAAAUGGGAAAAAUGCUCAGAUUCUGACCGAUCAUCCAUGUUUUUAACCUGUUUUCUACAAUAGAUUAACCUAAUGUUGGCACAUACUGUAAAUCAUUUAUUGUUCAAAGAAAACAUAAUUUGCCCUCUGUUGUUUACAUCUAUCCAUCCAUUUUCCUAACAGCUUAUCCUCACUAGGGUCGCGGGUGUGCUGGAGCCCAUCACAGCUAUCUUCGGGCGAGAGGCGGGGUACACCCUGAACUGGUCACCAACCAAUGUAUUUUUAGCAAAAGUUAUUGUUGGAAGAGUAUCAGUAAGUGAUCUCUAAAAGUUGCCACAAUGCAACAAAUUGAACAAGUCUACAACUGUCCCUAAAAUAAGAGUGAGAAAACAUAUAUUGGACACAAAAUCAAAUUUAAGGGCUUUUUUUGUGGGGGGGGGGGGGGGGGGGUUGCCAUUUGAUAUGUCAAAUCAAGACGGGUGCGCACAACUUUAUUUUCUUUUCAUUUUGUCUGUGAGAAUAUGGCUUCAAAUGUACCCGCCAUCUUGUAUCACGGCCUUCUCCGGGUCAUCUGUCAGAUUUAUUUACGUUUAUCUCAUACGAGAUUUUAAAUGGCAAAAUAAAACCGGAUUAGUAUUUGUA